GCCUGCCUCCCGCUCUCUCCUCCUCUCCUCUCGUGGUCCUCCGUCGGGGAAGAAGAAGAAGUCGAACUCCAACGUCGUCGUAGUGGCCGGCUGUGCUCCUGCCUUCCGCUGUCUCCGAUCGCUCUCCUGUCCGUCGGCGAAUCGGCCUGCCCGCCCGCCCGUCCGCCCUCCUCCUCCUCCUCUUCCAGGCUGCUCACCGCUCGCCUGUGCCUGCGUGCGCGCUUGCUUGAGGCCAGCCUUCAGUUCAGGUCGAUCUAUUGCGGAGUUUCUUGCGGUGAAUUCUUCGGGAGCGGAGUGGUAUUAGUAAGAUUGGGUCGGCGAGUCUUGAGAGAGAGCGAAGAGCGCAGUGGUAGAGGCGGUCGAGGGCAAGUUUAAAGUCUCUUAAGUGUAGCACGAACAGCACAAGAGCCCCACACGAGAGGGAGGAGAGAGGUCAUUAGGGACAGCAGCAGACGCAGAAGCGGCAGCCCAGUUGUUGUGAUCGGUUGAUUCAUCUGGUGUGGUGUGGUUUUCCUCGCACUCUCUCUCUUUGAACGUCCGGAAGUUGGUUGGCCAGGAUGAGUACCGAGAAAGAGAGGGAGAGCUAUGUCUACAUGGCCAAGCUCGCCGAGCAAGCGGAACGCUACGAUGAGAUGGUCGAGUCGAUGAAGAAGGUUGCAAAGCUCGACGUCGAGCUCACCGUCGAGGAGAGAAAUCUGCUAUCUGUCGGGUACAAGAACGUGAUCGGCGCCCGGAGAGCCUCAUGGAGGAUCAUGUCUUCCAUUGAGCAAAAGGAGGAGAGCAAAAACAACGAUCAAAACGUGAAGCGCAUCAAGGACUACAGGCACAAGGUUGAGGAGGAGCUUUCCAAGAUCUGCAAUGAUAUCCUUACAAUCAUCGAUGAACACCUUGUUCCCUCGUCGAGCACUGGAGAGUCGACAGUAUUUUACUACAAAAUGAAGGGAGAUUACUACCGAUAUCUCGCUGAGUUCAAGACUGGAACUGAGAGGAAGGAAGCUGCUGAUCAAUCGUUGAAAGCUUAUCAGGCCGCAUCAAACACAGCUGUCACAGAUUUGGCACCCACUCAUCCCAUCAGGCUCGGUCUCGCCCUUAACUUCUCAGUCUUCUACUACGAAAUCCUGAACUCACCCGAGCGGGCAUGUCAUUUGGCGAAACAAGCGUUUGAUGAAGCUAUUGCGGAGCUUGAUACCCUAAGCGAAGAGUCAUACAAGGACAGCACGUUGAUUAUGCAACUUCUCAGGGAUAACCUCACACUCUGGACUUCAGAUCUCCAGGAGGAUGGCGGUGAAGACCAGCCAAAGGGAGAUGAUGCGGUGAGGGCCGAAGAGGGAGAGGUAGAGAGCAUUUCCUGAGUCAAAUCAGGAAACAGUCAGUUUUUGGCAUCAAUGUAGAGGAUUUCUGUUGCUCACUGGAGCAUGUCUGUCAUUCUGUGUUGCUGCUAGUAAGCCUUUCGUAGGUUUCUAUGCAGAUUACUGAGGCUGGCCUUUGAAUGCCGCCCGAGCUCUUGAGCAAAUAUCGAGUAGUCUAGGUUGACUCCCGAGUCGCCGAGGCCCGUUCGUUUGGGAUAGGUCGAGACGAUGUCCUACUGCUGAUUGGAGUUGAAUUGAGUAGGCUCAACGAGGGUGCAUUAGACAAUUCAGUUGGACAGCGGUCUGACUUGCAUCAUGGUUACUUCAGUUGAUAUUGCUUUUGUAGGUCUGGACUCGAGAUUCUUCAUGUUUGUUACAAGAGGAAUUCUCUGCUGAAACUUGUAUAUUUGUUUCCUGAUUCAAUGGCAAUGAACAGCUUGUAAUACAGUCAUGACUUUCUUUCACCAUGUGCAGUAAAACAGUCGGGUGUUUCAGUGCAAUAAUGAACACCUGAGGAUUGGUCAGGACCGACAAACAUAGUGGUGGUGGUUCAUAUCUCUGCGGCAUCACUUUUGGCAGCUUGUGCUACUCUGGCUUGCCAUCCUUUGGCCAUGGGACUGGACUUUCUUGCACAUGGUCUCGCCCACACUUCCUUCGAGUGACAGGUAGUAGAGAAAGGCUCCAAUGAAACGCAGUACGCCUUCAUAUGCUGUAAAUUUGACAACACGGUUAUGAUGGAUUCAGCAGUCCUAUGGGAGUGAGGCUAUGUGGGGCUAUAAAGGUUUGACCCUUUUUUCACCGUGAGUGAGGAUGAGGUCCUAGUUCUUUUGAAAUCUUCCCAAAUCUUAUAUAGUAGUUUCCAGAUUUGAUGUAAUCGCCGACUGUUUAAUGUCAGCUUCCGGCUUUUGUGCAAACUUACAUGCC